AUGUCCGAGCUGGCCGAAGUCGGGGCGUCGCACCUCCCUCAGCUGUUCUACUCUGUGCUUCCCUCGACUCCUCCAGCACCUGUGAGCUUGGAGAUCGGAACAGCGAAGAAGGCGGAGGAGAGCAUCACGCGGGUCAUCAGCGAGACCAAGGGCCUCUCUACCCUCCUCACCUCCUCGACGAAGCAGAUCGUCAUCACUGUUCGUCAGCUGUAA